AUGUUUACUCCCCAGAAGCGCAGUGGCGCUUUCACCUUCAACAGCGCUUCCAAGAAAGUACCGCUCAACGGUCUAUUUAAGGAUGGGAUCUGGCAUUGCAAUUGCAGCCCUAGACUUCCAGCCUCACACUUCCUGGUCAAAAAAGAAGGCCCAAAUAAAGGCCGGGGCUUCUACACUUGUCAAGAACCAAAAGAAAACAGCUGCGGUUUCUUCCUAUGGGAUGACAAAGCGGUUGGAAGAGAAAUGCGGGCGGUUAUAAACAAUACGCGGUCGGAGCCAGAUCCGUCGGAGGCUCCAGCGGAUGCUUCUGCAGAUAAGGGAGCAAGCAAUAAAUCACAGGAUCUUAGCAAGGAGGCUGGGGACGAGGAGGGGGAUGAAUUUGGUGAUUGGCCAUUAACAAAAGAGGAUGAGGAGAAGGUUGCCCAAGUUGCAGGAUGUAAUAUUCCUGUGCCAUACCCAGAGACACCUCGAAAGGCCGUCAAAACCGACCAUUUCUCAACUCCCGGCAGCAAGAGGAAAAGGGAGGAGGAUUAUCUCCCAACACCUCUCACAGGCAGCAAAGGCGAUAUCUUCGGCGCACCCUCAACAGCAAAACUAAAUGGCGGUAUGUGGGAUGGCAAUGAAUCAGUCGGUCUACGAAGUCCGGCUCCAACGCCAACACCAAGUCGUUCUACUGAUCUUGGCCUUCACGAAGCGCGUGGUGAAAGCAAUCCUCAUGGUUACGAUAUCACGGAAGAAGUUAUGGAGUUAUUGAAAGAUAAACAGAUCGACGAGGAUACGAUAUCCAACCUCCGACAGCUUCUCAACAGGCACGCCCUGAGGAUUUCUGGCAUCGCCAAAGGCCGAGACAUCACUCGUAUCUCUCUGAAGGCAAAGGACGCCAAAAUCGCUGAGCUCAAACAGAAGAUUUCUUCUUUGGAAGCCGAGCGCGAAAUGGAUAAAACUGUCAUUAGACAUUUCAAAAGCGAUAUGGCACAGAGUAUGGGCUCCAGAGGUGGUCGAGGUCGGGGUCGGGGCCGAACCUAG